GUUUACAAUCACAGGAUGCAAAACGAAAAUUAACAUCAAAUUCACACAUUAAGAUAAAGAUACUCGUAAAAUAAACUGUUCAACCGAUGCUAUGGUAUUUCUCAUCGAAGAAGUGGUUUAAAGGAAAGAAUGAUGACUCCAGCUGAAGAYAUCUUCAUCCGMGUUGCAUUUUCKUUCGUGACAAUAGUUGGUGUGACAGGAAACAUCUUGGUUUGUCUCGUCGUCCUUCUCAACAAACCCAUGCGAACACCCAUGAACUACCUCCUAGUUAACCUUGCCAUCUCAGACAUGAUGUUACUUGUGUUCUUCACGCCAUUGUUCAUCUUCAGAGGAACUUUCACGCACCCAACUGGUGUAUCAGGAGAUGUUCUGUGCACUUUUGUCACAGGGGGAACGCUGGCUUGGUCAGGUGGGUACACGUCUGCUUUCUUCCUGGUUGCUAUCGCUGUAGAGAGGUUCUUUGCUAUUGCAAAACCAAGUGAUAUCAGACGAAGAAUCACAAUGCAGAAACUAAAAUUCGUGGUUUCUCUUUGYUGGUUUUUGGCACUGGGUUGGAAUGCAGUAGGUUUCGCAGUUCAAAGAUACAAUAAUGAUGCUGGUUUUUGCAUGGAAAAGUGGCCAUACCAAYAUUCYCCCAAAGUCUACAGCGCWUUGUGUCUGCUUGUCGUCGGACUGAUUCCUGUGGGUACCAUGUUURUCUUGUAUUCAAGAGUUGUCUACAGUUUGUGGCUUAAACCAAAAAGAAACCCUUCCUUCACCGGCUUUWCUCAACUUGCUGUGAUGAAAAACCGCCARAAAGUCACMAAGAUAGUGCUWAUCGUUAGUACUGUGUACACAUUGUGUUGGAUCCCUGAACUCUGCAUUUACACCACGAGUGCCUACAGCCCCGCCCUUGUGGAGGGCAACAUUGCGUACCCCGUGUCUGUUGCCAUGGUGAGUGUCAACUCAGCCGUUAACCCCGUGAUUUAUUGUUUUCAYAGUAGUCGGUUUCGUCGUCAUUUGAAAGCGUUAAUUUGUCGUGGACGGUUGAGAUCGAUAUCUCUUGGUGAUGCAGUAGUUAAUGAAAGAGAGCGUGAAGACAAAUUACAUGUGAAUUUACAAUUAGCUGUUAUUGAAGGAUCURGCACGAUGCUGCAUUCAAUGGAAUUGCACUCAGGUUAACCAUUGAGAGAGACAUUUGUGUCAGUUUUUAAUGAUUGGCAUUUAGUGCUACCUACAGAAUUACACUAAACGCAAUUUAUUUUAUGUGGUCAUUUUUCACAUCACAUAAAUGCUAAAUAGCGCGCGGGACGGCAAUGACUUUUUUCUAGGAAUUUGAUUAAUGUUGAGUUGAAUUCCAAAAUUAUGUAGAURGCUAGAAUAAUGAAGUACAUAGYAACAUCCCCUUUUCCUCUCCCACUCCUCCUGCAUCUCCUUUUCCCUCUUUCUCUAUACCCCCUUACCCCUGUUCACAAAUGUAAAAUACGCACAUCGAAAGGUACGUACUGUAUACAGAGAUAUUAGAUUAUGUAUAACAAAAAGAUUUUAUUUAUCAAAUUGAACUUKAGUUACCUGCUCAUUAAUAUAUAUUAUCAUUAAUUACACAAUAGCCGGUUAGAAAUGAAAAUAUGAUGACUGCAGUGGUAUAAUUAGUCAAAAACGCGACACAGUUCCUGGRAAUAAAACUUUUUUGAACGUU